CUCAGCGCCUGUAUCUUCACGCAGAUGAAGAAUGACGCAGGAUGGACAACAUCCGCUUCUACCUUUUGACAAUUUUAGUGUUUUACACCUGCUCGGCUUCAACGCCGAAUUUUGUCCUCCUUUUUGCAGACGAUUUAGGUUUCGGGGACCUGGGCUGCUAUGGACACCCCAGUUCACUCACUCCAAACCUGGACCGCCUGGCAGCGGGAGGACUCCGGUUCACAGAUUUCUACUGCACCAGUCCCGUCUGCACCCCGUCCAGGGCAUCGUUGUUGACGGGGCGCUAUCAGACCCGCUCAGGUAUCUACCCAGGAGUGUUGUACCCAGGCUCUAGAGGCGGUCUUCCUCUCAAUGAGACCACCAUUGCUGAAGUGUUGAAACCUGUGGGCUAUGCUACUGCUGCCAUGGGGAAGUGGCACUUAGGAGUAGGGGCCAACGGGACCUUUCUUCCAACCAGGCAGGGGUUUGACCAGUACAUGGGGAUCCCCUACUCCCAUGAUAUGGGCCCCUGUCAGAACCUGACUUGUUUCCCUCCAGAUGUAAAGUGUUUUGGAUUGUGUGAUGUUGGCACUGUAACUGUCCCACUAAUGCAAAAUGAGGUCAUCAAGCAGCAGCCAGUCAACUUCCUCGAUCUGGAAAGGGCUUACAGUGAUUUUGCAAUCAGUUUCAUCACCUCCUCAGCCAAGAAAAAGCAACCGUUCUUCCUCUACUAUCCCUCCCAUCACACCCACUACCCCCAGUAUGCAGGUCCAGGGGCAGCCGGGCGCUCGUUAAGGGGACCAUUUGGAGAUGCACUUUUGGAGUUUGACAACACAAUAGGAAACCUCAUGACAACUCUGGAGAAGACAGGAGUGAUCAACAACACACUGGUCUUCUUCACUUCAGACAAUGGGCCCGAACUUAUGCGUAUGUCCCGCGGAGGUAACGCUGGUCCUCUGAAAUGUGGAAAAGGCACCACUUAUGAGGGGGGCAUGAGAGAGCCAGCCAUCGCCUUCUGGCCCGGGACCAUCAGGCCAGGUGUGACUCAUGAGAUGGCCAGCACUCUAGAUAUCCUCCCCACCAUUGCAAGUCUGGCAGGAGCCAAACUACCCCGGGUGAUGCUGGAUGGGGUCGAUAUGACAGAAAUCCUUGUCAACCAAGGAAAGAGUAAAAGGGAGGCGAUGAUGUUCUACCCCACAGACCCCAGUGAGAUGUAUGGUCUGUUUGCUCUCAGGCUUGGGAAGUACAAGGCCCACUUCUAUACACGAGGUGCUACCCAUAGCAGUACUACCCCGGACCAAGACUGCUCAUUAUUUACAGUCCUCAAGGCCCACGACCCCCCUCUUAUUUUUAACCUGGAGGCCGACCCCUCAGAGCACUACCCUCUCCCCCUGAUGGGAAGACCCGACCUCCAAGCCGUGUUGGAGAGGAUCAAGAAAGUCAAGGGGCAGUUUGAAGCCUCCAUGGUGUUUGGAGAGAGCCAGAUAUCGAAAGGAUCAGACCCGAACCUGGAGCCUUGCUGCAAUCCUCAGUGUAGCCCCAAGCCCAGCUGCUGCAAGUGUUAACGGGACAAAUUCCCACAACCGCUAACGAUGUGGGACAGGCUGGAGGUACUGCACUGAUUAUGAGGUUGUUCUGUGAGAAAGCUGAUUUUGUAAUUAUCUGAUGAUGCAUUGCUACUGGACAGCUACAGUAUAAUUACAUAAUUAAGAGUUUGUACUGAAAAGUAACAUGGCAAACAAUCAGUUUCCUCAAUGAGGAGAUGAUUUUCUUAAUAUUUAUAUUGACUACAUUGAGAACUAUUGUAUAACAGUGUACUGUUUAUUUGAAUAGAUUCCAUUUUCACCUCAACAUUCUUUGGAAUCAUAACAUUGUGAAUAGAUGUCUGGGUUUCAUGUGAAAUGCCUUGCAGUCACACGAACAAUAAAGAGUGGAUCUGAACAAUAAAGACAACAAAAAAGGUUUCGGACAUCAAGCAUAUAUUUUAUUCAUAAGACCAAACCCAUGACAAGGCAGAGUGAUUUCUUUUGUCAUUUUUUUCUUUGUUUUUCCCUGGAAUUUUCAUUAAUUUUACAAGUCCUUGUUUUUAAAGAUACAAGAUAGGAUAUGUUGGUUCUGUCACAAUGUUUUGCUCUAAGUAUACAGUGAAGAAUCUUGUUAAUGUAUUAAAGUCAAAAGUUUGGUUUAACUGUUAGUUUAUGUCUGAGCGGCUAUAUGGGACUAGAUCAUCCUCGGAGGUUGUUUUUGUGUAGCUGUGUGGAAAGAGCGGUUUUAACUGUGCUGUGAUGAGAUAGAAAAACAAUUAGAAGCAAAUAGAUACAGAUCAGCGAUGGGUCACACUGUUGGAGCUCAAAGGUGAUUACUAUAAUCGGCAAGAUGCAAUAAUAGUUUUCCAGUGGAAGCUGACUCGGUCACUAUUCAGCUCUAAAAGCAGAUCGGUCAGUAGUCUGGUGGGUGUGUGUGUCACACUAGUGAUGUCACAUCUCACAAAUGUGCCCUAAAUGUGCUGCUGAAGCCUGUCUGCAGAGAGUUAUGAAGUUGGCAGGAACCCAAAAAGCCACCUGUUUCACAGAUUCUGAGUUAACAUCUUGUGAAGAAACAUAAGACACUGAAAUAAAAUUAUUGCGGAUCACAGAUUUUUAUGUUUUUCUUUUCUUUCGGGGGUUUUUUGUCUGGUUGUGAUCUCUUUUUUUAAGUCAUGUACAUACUAUUUCAUAACAUACUCAACAUAAAGGACACAGCACUAUCUUAGAUUCGCUAUUAUAUAUACAUGAUCUAAGUGACAGUGAUACAUAUGUAGAUAACACCCUACCGCCCUCCUGCCAUAUCAACAGUGAACUGAGGAGUUUGUUCUUGUGGACUAUGACUGAAAGCAGCAGAACAAGAUGCUAAACAGUGUGAAAGAACAAUGGGGAUGGUCGGGGGGUGGUAAAGCCUGAUAUUUCUGUAGUGAGUGCAUUAAUUGUUAAAUAUAACCCCUCUCCUCCUGUAUAUAAGGUACUAGACUGUAAGCUAUGGUAUGCUACAACAACCCCAGAGUAAGUUAUUGUGAAACAUGUGAAUGAUGCUUCAACCUUUGAACUAGACUAAGAGCAAUAAAUGAACGUGGGAAGAUGUUGUCAUCCCUUUUAUCCAUCAUACUUUAAAAACAAGAUCAAGGUCUAACCGUUUACAUAAUUAUAAUGCCUCCCUUUUAAUGCUUCAUUAAAGGUUUGAUAACAUUGUGACCAGGACCAAGUAUUAGCAGGACGCUCUCCCUGUACAGUAGGCACACUGCAAAACAGUAUUACUGACACGUAGCUACCGGUAAGUCAUUCCUUUUCCCUCACUGAAACUGUCAAGUCAAAAGAAAACGGAGACGAGGACGUCACUGACAACCAGAGUUAAACAGUCGGAGGUGUAAGAAUAUGGCUUUUCAGAGGGUCUUUGCUUUCUUUGACCUGAAACGCACACCAAUCAAAGCAAAGCCGACAGUGAUCUAUGAUUUGCAAAAUCUAACAGUUGAAUAAUUUCCUAUGAAAGCUACCCAGUGUGAAGGUCAGCAAGCAGUGCAACUUUGAGGACGGGACAAAAGUAAAACGGUUCUGUCAUAUCAUCCGAAUGUGCUGACACUCACUGCACCUAAUCCAAGCUGAAUAAAAUAUCUGCGUGGCAAAUGACAUUCAAAGUUCAUUACAAGUCAUUACUUUCAGAUCUCUUACACCUGCAGUUACUCCUGUCAGAGUGAGUCAUUAAUACCCACAACAAAACAAAAUCCCCUCCAUCAGUCUCAGCUGUGAGUGUUUCUUAAUUAGUCUGGAUGAGGCGCCUGUAUGUCUACUUUCUAUACACGUAUUUACAACACACACUACGUCUCGUA